AAUGGAGCAAACUUUCGAAACUUUACAAUCAAUAGAAAAGCUGAUCCAGGACCCAGUUGGCGCAGUAGCCGUACUAGAGGAUACAACUAGUUUAACAAGUUUAGUAUUAUUAAUGAAUAAUACUGAUACCGAAAUUGUCCAAACAUCAUUAAAAAUUUUCCAUACACUUUCCCAAAAGAUAGAUUGUAGUAAAGCUUUGAAGUCUGUUUAUGGUCUAACGGAAACCCUUAAUCAUCUACUAAAGCACCACGUCUCAUCAGAGGUUAAAAGGUUAAGCGAAGAAAUUCUUUGCCAUUUAAAUAAAGGUGGAGAGUCAAACGCUCAAGAAUCAAAAACAAUCCAAUUAAUUGAAAAUGAAAAAAAGAUAAAAACCUGUAGAAGAAGGAGCUUUUUUGUUGGAGUAUCUAAACCUAAGACUAUUAUUUUACAAAUCCGUGGAAUGAGAGAUAAGCUAUUAGCCGCUGCCAUUACGCAAACGAUGACUAUGGCAGCAGAUCAAGUUGUCAAGGAUGAGUUUGGGAACGAAUAUAUAAAGCCUCUUGUUGUGCAAUCGGAAAUAACCGAAAGUAUAGAAGAAAUGCCAGAUUAUCCUAUUGAAGAUCAUAGCCCAAUAAAGGAUGAAGGAAAUAACGUAGCAAGAACAGACGCAAAUAGAGACGAGGGCGGAAAAUGGCGUUUCGUAAAAAGCGUUGGAGCGUUUCUAUCCAAUUCAUUUUAUUGGUAG